CUGCGGCCUCCAAGGCCUCUCGGGGCUGGCGCUGGGGCAGGGCGACGCGGAGUGAGUGUGUAAUCCCAGCCUCGAGGCCUGCCUUUCAGCCCCAGGCAGAGAAACUGAGACCGGAGAGGGCAGCGGGGUCUCCUCGGGUCUCCAGCGCAUCGGUCUCUGGGAACAGGGUUGAACGAACGUGUAAACCAUAGUAUGGCGGCCCAGCCGCAGUUUUCCCAUUUUGCAGAUGGGGAAGCAGGCCGAAGAGGAAGGGCCCAGUGAAUACAGAAGACUCCCGUUGUCACUGCUGAAGACGGCUCAGAAUCAUCCCAUGUUAGUGGAGCUUAAAAACGGGGAGACGUACAAUGGGCACCUGGUAAGCUGCGACAACUGGAUGAACAUCAACCUGCGCGAGGUGAUCUGCACAUCCAGGGAUGGGGACAAGUUCUGGCGGAUGCCCGAGUGCUACAUCCGAGGCAGUACCAUCAAGUACCUGCGCAUUCCUGACGAGAUUAUUGACAUGGUCAAGGAAGAGGUGGUGGCCAAAGGUCGUGGCCGUGGUGGCCUGCAGCAGCAGAAGCAGCAGAAAGGCCGUGGCAUGGGGGGUGCCGGGCGAGGUGUGUUUGGCGGCCGUGGCCGAGGUGGGAUCUCAGGCACUGGCAGAGGUCAACCAGAAAAGAAGCCGGGCAGGCAAGCGGGCAAACAGUGAGCUGGUCCUGCGUCCCCCAGAGAUUUGAGCCCUCCCCACCAGGCUUCGCAUCUGCUCUAGUCUACGAGUCUGUUCAAAACAACAGAGGAGGCUGGUGUUAGGGGGGAUCCCUACCUGUGCAUUUUGUGAUUCUCUUUAUGUUAAAUCCCUUUUUAUUUUUAAAUUGAUUUUUGAGAGAAACAUUGAUGUGAAAGAAACAUCGAUAUUGAUCGCCUGGCUCCUACAUGCUCCCCAA